GACUUUGUGUACAGGACUCAUGGGUGCCCCAGGAGUAAGAGGAGACCAAGGGACUUAAGGUUCUCCCAGUCCGUCCUAUGGACAGCACUAGGUGGAUGGUAGGGCGCUAAGUGGUUCGAGUCCUCCGUGCCAAAGAAAGCGAUACCGAGGUCUAAACCAAGUUCCACAUACUUAGGACAGUAUGCAAAUGAAAGGAACACGAUCUGUCUGAAGCGCCUCGCGUAAAGGUAUCCGUAUCCGCGGUGGGAUACAUGUGUGUGCGUAUGUACAGAACCGCGUGAAACCUGUUCGCACACACUCAGCCGGAGAUAAAUUUCGUGCGUGUGCUCGUCACGCGACAGGGGUAAUGCCAGUGUAUCAAAAGUAUUCAGGCACGGCCGAAAGCAGCCGGGUAUCGCGGUAAGAGCAUCCCUACGACCUCGUCGUAACGGCGUGUGCGUGCGCGCAGGUAGAAGGAACACGUUUCGUCGACAAACGAGCGUCUACGAACGGCGAUCGGUGCACACAGCGACAGAAAAAUGCUGGUGUGCGUGUGCACAGGUAGGUAGAAGGAAGAGAACAGUGCGGCAACCGAGGCAGAGGUGCGGCGUGUUUCGCUUCGCUGCGACACUACACGAGACUGCAGUGUGUUGGCCGCUGCUCUGGCUCGUUCCUCAUCGCUUUUGAGAUCGAACACGAACGGAUCGCGGAUCGUGGAAAAGCCGGGAACCUGUUGCGUACGUCGCGACGCCUGCCCGAUCUCUCGCGUGGCAGUGUCAGCCUUGACGGGCGCCAGCCAACCUGGACACGUAUUUUUCACCUGGAACGGAUAACGCGAGUUCACACGUGGAGUACCGAGUGCGCGUAAUCACCGAGGAGAGGUUCCUCGACGUCGGGUGAACCGGGAAAUGUGACGUCGAUAUGUGAUCCAUGAUCGAGUGUCAACGGAGUGCUGAUCAGGGGAGGCACCAUGUCGACGACGGACGUGUUCCGCAUCGCGCAACAGGCACCCACCGGCGAAGAGGAGCAAGGGAGAUUGAAGGCUGAUCUGCAAUACCUGAGAAGGAAGGGACUUCUGAAGGCGUCUGGUGAACUAUCGUACCAAGGACGUAAAUGUGCCAGAUGCGGUGCACCGUUUGGUAGAUUUUACAACACCGGGGCUCCGUGUACACGUUGCAGGCACAGAGUUUGCAGACAGUGCCGUAUCGAGGUCAGGAGCCCUACCGAUAACAAAGACGUCGAAUGGAUCUGUAACAUUUGCUACAAGAUCGCAGAGCUACAUAUUGUUACUGGGAAAUGGACUUAUGAAAAUCAAUCAUCGAAGAGAUCAAUAGGCGGGAAAGCAUCGUUUCCGGUUGAGAUACUGAAGCAUAGUAUUCGACGAGCGUGGACCAUUAACAGUCCACCCACACGUUGGUCAGCAGCAAGGAAGUCCCCAGAGCUGCGCAUAUACCGGAGCCUGCCGUCUCGUCACCAAGAGUACCGGGACAUCAUUAACAAGAACGAAAUCGUAAAAUCGUCCGUGGACAGAGAUGCUUCGAACUCGGAUCCAGUUGGCAAAGAAACGAACGAAGACUGCAAUGGCGUCGUGACAAGAAACGAGACGAUUUCUCCGGAAAAAUCCGGGUCCCGAGCCGACAUCAACGAACGAACGAACUCGAAACGAAUCGAAAAAUUGUCCCAUAAGCAAGAGGAAGAUGUGCCAUCACCGGAUGCCAUAAAAUCGAAGAAAACUAACCGAUCCACCGCUACGACAAACAGUAAAACGCGAAACGAGGAACAAGAGGAGGCGAGCAAUUAUCAGGAGCCGAGUACCCCAAGAAUUUCAUUGUUGAAACCACCUAGGAUAUUGUCAAAAUUCAUUUCACCGGAAGUUAAGAGCAGUCAGACGAAACAUGGGGAAAGGAAAUCGAAUAUUCCUAUAUUUAGGAGGAGCUCCAAAGAGUUUGAGGAUAUCAGAAGCCCGCAAGAGUCGCCGAAACGUUCUCUCAUUCCACAAAGAUACAGAGGAAGCACCGACGAUUUGCGGCGCAGUCGCGAGGACAUAAGCGUGCCGAGCUUGAUCCCUAAGCUGUUGUCGCCUCGUGGCAAGGAGGAUCGUCUGAAGCGUCAGGACAGCAAGGACGACGUCCGUUGCGGGACGAAAUCGGGCCGCAAGGAGCCGAAAGACGAGACGAGGAACUGGUCGGGUAACAAGGAAGAAUCGAGGCUAGGUAUUCGAAUAUUCCGCAGGGACAACAGCCGCGAGGACGUGGGUAGGGAGAGCGCGAAUUCAAAUGCGAACGCGGCUGCAAAAGGAAAGCAAGCUGGCAAAGAGGAGAAGCAAGAGAGGACGGAGGAACGCGUGGGCGUAUCUGCCACGUCGAAAUCGAAAUCAACGGUGCACGAACAGAGCCGGACGAAGGUGUCUGUCAAUAAGGAGAGCCCGGACGGUAAGUUGAGACUGGACGAGGAGGGUCCACGCGUGGAACAGGAUGACCGAGUGAGGGACGAGGCUGCGGGAAAAGAAGACACGAUGCUCGACGUCGUUGUCACCGACGAGAUAUUGCUGAAGGAACAGGAGAACGUUAGGAAAGGAGAGGAGAGGGAGGGCAAAGGGUUCGCUGAAGCGGAGGAUUCGAUGCUCGACGACACGGAAGCGUCGGAGAACGAUAAGAACAACGACUCUAUGAAGGAUACCUCGGAGAGCUUCGCGGAAAAUGCUGACGCCGAUGUCGCUGCCUUCAGGGCCUUCGAACGAAAGGCUGUCACCGAUGUUGCGUAUGGAAAGAAGUCUGACGAUUUUCAAGUGAUAAGAAGAAAAUUUUCCAAGGAGGAAUUCUCCAAUCCGGAUGAUACGGACGAUGCUCACAAUAAACGUUGCUCUAGCCAUUUGUCCCCAGAAGCGAGCCCACUGAGCACGAGAUCAUCGAGGUACAGUCCCAGGGAGAGCGAGAGUGAACCAACCCCAGCGCUACCGAGGAAAACAGGGGAUUCCUCUUCGGCCUCCCAAAGAAUUCGAGAUGCGAUCACGAGGACCAGAAGGGAAUCGAACAGCAGCGCCAGAUACGAGAGCAGCGGCAGUGAAAGUAUUCGGUUAAGCGAGGGUCUUCACGGAUACGCAGAGCUAGCCCGGAAAGUAAAAUUAUUUGAUGGAAACGGAAGCGGCGCUGUUCAGUCGGCCAUCGGAAGUGACGAAGUGGUGCAACGUGAUAGUGCAACAAGUGCAGGGGAAGACGAGUCUCACGAUGAUAAUCAUGGAAGAACAGCUCCCGUUUCUUCUCAAGGAAGAAGUAUAUUCAGGAGGAGGAGGCAAUUCGAUGCACAAGGCUCUCGACGAAGAGGACGAUCGCACGCGAGAACCUGCUGCUCGGAGGAAUUGCAAAGCUUCCAGGCGCUACACGUGAUAGGACGAGACGGUAGACAGCUGAGCCCGACCGGAAAUCAGGCUCAGGAUCAGCCGCUGGUCGACUACAGGCGACUCGUAUUCAUCAGCUCGGAUUCGUCUUCCGGUCGCGAGGAGGACGACGCGGACAGCAGUUGUUCCAGCUCCUCUUUCCUGAACGGCCUGCCACGAGGGAGCAGCCAUUCACAGUCCCUGGAGGACUGCGACUGGGAUUACUUCGAAAGUGGAACCUUACCUGUGCCCCUGCCCCCUGGUGCACCCGUUACCGUCGCGACCAACAACGUUGGAACGGAUACUAAUAACAGUCAGGAUUGGAGCUGCUGCCCUGGACGUGGUACCACUGCUUGUCUGGCUUGCGGAGGUUCAAGAAGUACGAACGUGCUUCCAGUACCAGUGCCGAUACCAGUGCCGGUCCCAUACCCGGUCCCCGUUCCAGCAUCCCUCUGGACCGGCGACUUCGCGGCUGCCGCAUCCUCCAUGAUAAGUCGCAGCGACGAUGCCCAUGCGGAACCGGGCACGCUGAGACUCAGAGGCGAUCCUGCUGCCCCCUGGUUCGCCUGGCACCCGCGGUUCAAUCAGCCUCUGCACGGGACCAGACUGGACCCAAGGCUGGCGAGUGCCUUCGACCCUGCCACCUGCACCUUCAGGCCAGACCAAGUACUGGCUUCGCGGCUGUACGGACCCACCAUCGAAACGUCCGCCAUUCCUACCACGGAGGCGCUUCAGCAACGGCUGAGUGGCCUGCAGAUAAAUCUGAACGAGAACGAUGAGGCUGGAGCUAGUGCUGCGUCCAAAUCGGCGGAUACCUUCCAGGACGACUCUGCGCUGGACGUUGAAAGCGAGUCAAAAUUCCGGGAGCAAUCUUCUCUGAGGGGAGGAUUGGAGGAGACGAAGGCUGAGAAGAAUCAGGAGAACAAUGAAGAGACUAACGAGACAAAGGAAGGCGAGGAGGAUUGCCAAGAUUCCGUAAGCGUGUCUUUUGAGAGUAGGAGGGGGCAGAGGAUGUACCGGCACGAGGAUUCUGGCAGCUCCUCAGGCCGAUCCUCCGCCGAUAGCAGCGACUUGGACGAUGACUCAUCUUCACAUAGAUUCUCCAGGAUCUUUGUUGUCAACGAUGACUCUCUAACCAGUGACAAUGACAUCGAGGAUAACGGGGACGAGGACGACUCGGACUCGGCGGCUGAGAAUGGUAUCACCUUGAAGAGGGUGACUGCUCUUCCGGAUGAGGAGCCAGUGGUGUUGCAAUACGUUCGGUUUCUGAGUGAGGAUUCAAAUUUCGAGAGUGCCAGUGGUGGUCGUACGGAAAACAGUGCAGACGGUAGUUCGGAAGGUAGAGAUAAAAUGGUGCACGAAGAGAAUGCAAAUAUGAACGAGAAGCGGAAAGUUCGUGGGAGGAGGAGCAGUGUGGAAAGGAAUAAUGAUAAAAGAAUUACAGUUUCGUUGCAACACCGUGAAAUGCCGGAGGAAAUGUACAUCGCGAGUGAUAACGAUUACUCAGAGAAUCAAAUAGAACUUAAAUCCAUUAAAACUCUGGAUCCUGAUAGCAUCGAACCGGUGAGUCUUAACAACGCCAGUAAUAAUAAUUCCAAAGACGAUGAUGGUCAUAAUAAUUUCUUCCUGACCGACGGUUGGGACUCCAAUAUAAUCCCGGAUUCCUUGGAAAUCUCCUGUCAGAAAAUGCUGAAUAGCACCAGUUUAUCUCCAGAUAAUGUUUUAGAGGCAACGAACUUUCGCGUGUCGACGCCGUUGAUGGCUCAUGACCAAACGAACGGCAACACUUGUUGCGAAACUAGAGCCGAUAACUCGACACCGUUAUCGCAGAUAAUGACCAACGAAAUCAUAGAUCGUGACGACGAUAACGUCGAGCAUGACAUAACGCCCACGGAUCUGAAUUCGAACCUGAGCGUAGCCGCGAGCGUGUCCUCAGGAUCCGAGAGCUUCACUAGCAACGAGACGAACGCAACAGGCAGCGAGGUAAGCAGCGACGAGCUUCACGAGUACGAAGUAACGCCCGCAAACAUUCCCUCGCCCUACGAGGGCAAAGAGUUCUUGUUUCCGGCGACGAACGGCGAGCAAUUGGAUAAAACGAUCGAAGAACGAUCCAAUUUAACCGACGAUACACCAAUAAGUUUCAAAGAUAUCGAUUACUGCGGGGAAUCCGCGGUUAACACGUCGGGCCGCGCUAAAUGGAACUUACAGUACGAGAGGGCAGACGUUGAGCAAUCGUUGGAUAAGUCAAACAACGGAGGUGUCGUAAGCCUACGUCCCGAGAGUGAUUCCAUGUCGAUUACCGCGGAGGAUGAUCAAUCCGUUACGUACCAGGCUGGGAAGCCGGUGGCAGGCGGCGCAGAUGGCGCGGUGGACGACCCGGAGGAUGGCCACGGCGCGAUUGAGUCGAAAAGUGCAGACUGCGACGUGGGCGACAUGAUAAGCAACAAGAUUCAAGAGAUGUUCAAGAGCGCAGGUAGAGUGGAGAGUGCGCAUGACGGCGGCACAGGUACGGUGAGAGGCGAUAGUCCUACUUCUGGGCAGGUGGUAGGAGAGGUGUACGGUAGUGGUGGUGAAGGUAGCGGCAUCGACGCCGGUGGUGGUGGUGCCGAUGGAGGCUGUAGCGAAGAGGGGAUAGAAGGGGAAUCGACACGGUUGCGCUCAGUCGAGCGACGCCCGUCCACUGGAAAGGAGAAUGGAUUCCCUCCUGCCGCGUCGACGAAGGAUUCCAUCAGAGACGUCCUGCAACUCGCGCCGACGGUCCAGAAUAACAAUAUCGGGAACAAUAAUAGCAACAAGUAUAAGAGCCUCGUGAUGAUCACUCAGGAGGCAUCGUAUCAGCCAGUCAACGUGAUCACCUCGGACACGACGACCUUGUUGCAGCCGGAUGAGGUUCACACGGCUAGCCAGGGACUGGCUGGGUACUUCCAGCUGGCGCUGGAAGCGGUAUCCGAGCAGCCGCAUCGGAAAAAUGGUCAGGGUCCGAGGAGACCGUUAAUGGUGAAGCGGUUGGCGAGCACCACGACGAAUCACUCGGAAACAGAGGUGGACAGCGGAUUGAGUGUCGGUAGUGCCAGUGAAAGCGAGGAUGUGUCAGUGAAAAAUGCCGCGAAAAUAAGCGGUCGACAGAACGAAAACAACGAGGACAGUGGCUCGAAAGAGCGCCAGUUGAACGAGCAUCGGGAGGGCAAUCGGGCGCGUGCAUUUUCGCAAUCGAGUGACGAGAAUUCGAGUAGUGGCGGGGUUGUGAUCCUAGAGGAAGGCCUAGCCGAUGAUGAUUCAUGGGUAGAGGAAGUAUCGCACGACGAGGAUGAGGCUGGCGGUACCACAGCCACGGAGGAAAGUUCCGAGGAUGAGGCGAAUAACCUUGGCGACCGUGAAGAGGAACUUAGAGGUUAUCACAGGCAAGCUAUCGACUUCACCUUGCACACCAUUGUUGAAGAAUCCUGCGAAGAGAGCGAAGCGGAGCCCAGUUUGGCUACAGGUAGCCCGUCCAAGAAGCAGAGACCACCGUCUGCCUCGGAACUGGAGAAGUACUUCUUCUUUGGUCUCGGUGGAGAUGGCAACAACUCCAGCAUGGGUUCACGCGAAGUGGACAGCUUAUCAGAAACAUCGUCUAUUUACUCGGAAGGAUUGGAAUCUUUGGGUCAGGAUGAAACUUCUGGCACUGGACAGAGUCAGGAAAGAUCAAACUCUGGAGAAGGAUUCUUAAACUCUUCAAGGCUAGAAAAGUAUUUCUUAUCCGAGUUUCUAGGUUUUGAUCAGGACAGACGCGAUUCUGAUGGAUCUGUUGGUAGCGACUCAGAGGGCAGGCCCAGCCCUGAGGCCCAAAGAAGGAAGAAGUUGGUCCGCGCCAGAGGCACUGGUAGGUCUCACAGCUCUUCCCUGGACAAUCUACUAGCUCUUACACAGAGUUCGCAAAAUUUAAGCUCGCAGAAUUCUCUUCAAGAUCUGAGUUUGAACCAAGAUUCGCAAGAUACGCAAUCGGAAGGCUCGUCUACGGAGACCGACGGCGCGGACGAUCAGACUGCUGCCUUCGGAACGGAUGGCCAGUUUGACACUGUAAAACGAAAGAAGAAGAAACCUAGAAAUUUAGGUACCCAAAGUCCACGUGUUCCUGAUGACAGAAAUAAAACUCCGGAGCCAAAUAGGGAGAUGGUUCUAGUAGGAGAAGUAGUGAUGGAAAACGACGCAGAAGCAUUGAAUUCAGAGGAUUCCGAGAGGGCAAAGACUCCACAGCCUGAGUCUGUACUGUCCUCUUCUCCAUCAGUCACCGUAAAUAACUUAACAUCAUCAACGUUACUGGACUCCCCGAGAAACAUUCAGAUGAGCUCAGGAGAGUCAAUGUCCUAUAAUCAAAAAUCAAAGCAACAAUCAAGGGAUUCUGGUUUUGUGGGUAGCUGUGAUGAUCUUCUUCAGCAUCAGAAACUACCCGACGAUGUCCAAUCCAACACCGAAGUCAACCAGGACAGUGCAAAGGAUCGUUCCAAUAUCGAGAAUAAUAAAAAUGUUCAAGAUUCGAAUCAAAUGACAACUGGAAUCACUGGAGUUGAAAAAGGUAAUGUGACCAAGGUGGACCAUGCCUUGAACCACACCACGUUGCCUCAUUUGCCUAACGCUUCCCUCUCGAGAAAAGAUAGCUUCAACAAUUGGUCCAGCGACGAGGAGACGAAUCUAAUGAUGUCGAAGAUGCGACAGUUCUUUAAGACCAUGGUCGCCAAUUCGAAUGGACAGAACCAAAACGCCACCAACGCGAAUUCAAGUGCCGCCUCACCUGCUCCUAGUCCUCGACUGCCUGGUUACACAUCGAAAGCCAGAUUGUGCUCACAGACCCGCACGAAACCGCCACAGUUGGUGUACUUCGAAAACGAGCUCACUAGGUUGAUGAAGACAGUGCCGGGAAUACGGGACGAACAGGUGCGGGAGAUUGUCGAGUACCUCAGCUCGGAGGACACGUGGUCCGAUUCGUACGACAGCUCGGACUACACUAGUUCGGAUUUGGAGGGGGCAGCCGGUGGUCGUCGAUCAGCCCUACAGGAACAGAUAUCCCAGAGUUGCCAACAGAUCAUCAGCAAAUUCGACACCACUUCAGGUGACAACCUGCUGGACAAAGAGAAGGAGGACAAAACUGGUCCCACUGCUGUCCAAGCUCCCUGCCUAGGUAGGGACACUGCUUUCGUCUAUCAGAAACUGGUCCAGAGCUUCACAAAGAUGGCUGGCGAUGGUGUAAGCUCUGACGCCAAUUCCACCCCACACAGCAGCCCUCCAUUAAUCGCGAAAGUGAUGCAUCAUAUCGGUAGUCGACUGGUAGCACUGAUGCACGAAGUCUCGGAAGGUGGACCAGCUGUCCAGCCUCAUUCCACUAGCUGGAGGCGCUAUUCCCAACAUCAUAGGACUCCAUCCUCGGCAUCCACUACUGAGGACGACGACUCCACUUCGGAUUCAACGAACGCUCCUUCGUCGGCGCAUCUGCAGCUACCUAGAUCAAAGUCCCACGAUCCUCUUCUAUUGAUCAACACCCAUCCAGCUGCCUCGACUGGUCAGGAAGGCGAAGAACGAGAAGCUAGUGAUUACGAGAGGUUCUCCUGGCGUGGAAGCUUCGAGUCCGCCCUGAUGGCGGCGGACUCUAGGACGAAACUGAGCCUGCUGGCUUGUUCCGGGGAUAGUGUCGGUGCUAGUGCUAGUGCUAGCGCCUUGGCCAUGGCCGCCAAGCGUCGCAGUGCCGGGGAUCUGUUGUUCAAUCCAAAGAGUUUCUCCAGAGAACAGUUGGAUAGGGUUAGAAGUUGUGGGUCUAUCGGUGGCGGGAGUGGAGGUGCUACCAGUGGGUGCGGGGGAUCAGUGGAGGAAAGAAUCUGGAGCAACAGGAGGAGGUCGUCAGUGCCCGACGCCAACACCAGGGGGGAAUCUGGCGCAUCCGCAGGUGACGAAGACACCGAGGACGAGCUCGAGUACAGUGGCGAAUCUCGGGCAACGACUCUUCCACGUGGAAUGCAAUCCGCUAUUACAGCAGCUACCAAUUCUCUGCCACGCUUGCCAGCUUCCACAGCACCAGCUGGCCUAACGACCACCUCAACCACGCCUUCCUUGACGAUGCACAAAGCACACAGCGUGUAUCAUUUCCUGCCACAGCAUUCGGGCGUUAAAUCAGCCAGGUACAGGCCGCCUGGUUUUGCGAGGAACAGCAACGUGACUGGUGCAAUUGGUGGUCCUAAACGUGCAGUCAGUGCUCCAGGACUUCAGGUCUCUGGCUCUCAGUCCUCCGCAGGGAAACGGGACAACUCGAGGACCAGGAGGCAACAAGCGAUGUCUCUUACACCUGAUGACGGAAGUAGCUUAUCAGAAGCUUGCAGCACUCCGAUCAUUGGCGCAGGAUCACGAUCAGGCUCUAGUCAGACUGUGAUCGAUGUGGACGAUAUGGAUUCUGGACUGCAUUCUGGACAUCUUGCAACUCGUGCAUCAUUGUCAAGUCUUGGAGCACGAUCAGAUUCAAUGGCGUCAGUGUAUAGCGGUGCUGGAGAAGGACGCUGCUGUCGCUCGGUGGUCGUGACAGGAGAAGUUGAAUUCGCUUUACAAUACGACUACAAGCAUCUUACUUUCGAGGUGCACGUAACGAAAUGCAAGAAUCUAGCGCCGGUUGACGUAAAGCGCAAACGAUCCGAUCCGUACGUGAAGGUAUAUCUACUGCCCGACAAGUCGAAGAGUGGAAAACGAAAAACGAAGGUGAAGAAACACACGUUGAAUCCAGAAUUUAACGAAACGUUGAAGUUUCACAUGAGUCUGAGCGGUCUGGAGACCAGAACACUAUGGCUGACGGUCUGGCACUCAGACAUGUUUGGACGCAACGACUUCCUCGGCGAGGUCCGAAUGCCCUUGGAGAACAAGAUCUUCGAUGAUCCUACCCCCAAAUGGUACCCGCUUCAGGAAAGAACGGAACCGUUUGAUGACCCCGUCGCCUACAAAGGCGAGGUGAUCGUCGGUUUAAAAUUCGUGCCACCAGAUCCCACGCAACAGGAACGCGAUCGAGAAACCGGAUCAGAUCGUGGUAUAUCAAAAUCGAAAAAAAAUUGGAGUCGCGGUGCAUUACACGUGCUCGUGAAGGAAGCUAGAAAUUUGCAAACUAGGGCGAAGAAUUCAGGAACUUGCGAUCCGUUCUGUAAAAGUUAUUUACUGCCCGAUAAGGGUCGUUCAGGAAAACAAAAGACUGGAGUGGUUCGCAGAUCUGGUGGUUCACCAGUAUGGGGUCACACAUUCAUUUAUAAAGACGUUAGUCUUCAGGAACUAGCUGAACGUGGACUGGAAUUAACAGUCUGGGACCACGACCGCAUCGCUAGUAAUGAAUUUUUAGGCGGUGUACGAUUUAAUCUUGGCACAGGAAAACAUUAUGGAAAACCAGUGGACUGGAUGGACGCAACUGGUCGCGAGCUCUCUCUAUGGCAAAGCAUGUUAGAGAGACCUAAUUUCUGGGUUGAGGGUGCCGUGACCUUAAGGCCGAAUUUGCAUAAUCAUGGGAAAAACGGCAACUCUUAAGUAUCUCAGUGAUUUGUUUCAGAUUUAAGAGACACUGGACCUCGAACGUCUCCGUUUUAACGAAGCUCGAAACGCUUCGGUCUAGUUUAACUUGAAAUGUACAUACGUGGCUCUUGAAUUGUGCCACAAGUUGUAUAACGUGACUUUCGAAGUGAAAAAAAAAAAAUCAGUGCCUUUAGAUGAUUUUAGAUGGCACGAUCCAAAUUUUCCACAGGCCUCGAAGGAUACCAGAGGUCUUCAGGAGAACCAUGGAACAAGUUCCAAAUAAUCGAAUCCUCAUUUUUCUCGUUAAAAUUCUCGUAUCGUAUUCUGGUAUCCACUUUCGAACAAGGUCCUAAUUAGAUCUAGGUGAACGAAACAACGAUUUACGAAAUUCGUGCAAUACCUUGUGAAGUGAGUAGUCACGAGGCGAAAUUCUUCAUGGGCGUCCGUCCAAACGCGAAUCAAGGUAGCUAACUACCAUGCAUGAGCAUUCUUCGUGGCCAAGUACUAGAAGGAGAAAAAUUACGUUGGCUGGUCUCGUUCCAAACGUACAAGCGCUCUUUAAGAGGCUGGGAAAUCCUCUUAAUUAAGUAAUUCAAUGAUGGUUCAAGGACAAAAGGUGCUUAGGCUGGUUUUACAUUGGGCAAGUAACCGAGGCAGUAGUCCUUGCCAGUAUGUACCUGGGAGCGUGGGGAAGGCACUCUGCCGGGCAGGAUAAUCCCUUCUUUAUCGACUUAAGGUACUGGCAAGCCCUCCCGUCUCGGUUACUUAUAAAAUGUAUACUCGGCCCUACGUUUAGGACGUGGCCAGCAUUGUGGACACUCCUUUCUUCGCGAGAAAGAUGCUUCCAGUGUGUACAAUACUUGAAACGAUUUCUCCCGUUGAGCAUUGCCAAACAAUGAUGGAACGGUGUAUUUAAGGAAUUAAAUAUAGCCGGCUUCCAGUGCAUAGAAUUAUAUUCAUAUAAAUAUUAUAUUUAUACAUUUACGUAGGAUUAUACGGUAGGCCACGGGGCUUUGGAUCAGCUGUUAUCGGCAAUGGAAGUCGAGGAAAAGAAAUUAUUAGUAUUUCGUGUAUUAAUGAUAAGUACUAAUGGUGUCCAGAAGGAAUUGAAAGGCUGGUGUACUUGUACUUAACUAAUUAUACAAUGGCGAGUCUCCGGUUAGUGUACGUAGACAGGUAUAGUGUAACAACGUUGCGUAUAGUCGGUAAAAACAGUGUAUCAAUCGUGUAUCAGAUGAAUACUGAUCAAAUUCUUUAAAUUGUUUGUUCUCAAUGCUCAAAAUUCAUUUUAAGAUAAUUGAACCAAUGUGGGCUAUACUGUUUCCACUGACUAUACGUAUAGUUAGUGGAAACCAUAUAGCAUGAUUGUUCAAUAAACUAUACAUUAUAAUAAUGAUCGAACCAAUAAUUAAUAUAAAAUGAAAAAUUUAUUAACGUUAUAAUAAAAAUUAUUCAGGUAGAUAUAACACCUUUAUUCGCUAUAACUUUUACCUACGAAGAGGAUAGUCUUUCAAAGCUCUAACUAUUUUUUAAAAACGAGCUAUAAACACAAACAGCCUACUUAUAUUUUUAUAUUGCAAUAUACUUAUCUCAACAAUUAAAUGUUCCAAUUUUGCGACUUUGCUAUACUGUUUCCACCGAGUAUACUUAUCCGUAAGACUCUUCCUAAAUACAGGGUUAACAAGUGAAACUAUGAAAACUGCCUUCGACGUUAAGUUCUUGUAAAGGUUCGAAUAAGCGCGUUGAAACGCGUAUCGAGAAGCUGAUGUAGGGCAAUUUUUGUUCAAUCGAGUUCGUUGAAAAACCAUAUUGUAUACGUAUAAGGACCAAUAAUAUUAAAUUAAUAAUACAGUCGAUCGCGGGAAGAUAGAGCCGUUGGAAAUUCAAAACUCGCGCGUUUUGUCUAUUUCCGUUGUUUGGUGACGGUGUCGGUAUCACGUGACACUCGUCGAAUCAAGAGGAAAUAGGAUCGGACAAUUAUUUAUGUGUACGUGAUAAUAAAAAUUUUGUACGUUUA